AUGAACCAGACGACCGGCAAAGAAGGAAGGCGAGGGGACAAGAUGUUUACCUCUAAAACAGCCGCUCUUCUCGUGACUUUCCUGUUUGAAGUGGCCACAUCUAUUUCAGGUAAACUUUCGUUUAUGCAUUUUUCACAUCAGAGGCAAAUGAAAAUUGUUAUGUGUAGUUCAAUGCGCGAGAGUUAUUUGAUACCUUUCCAGACACAUUCCAUGUAUGCAAUUUGCUUUUCGUCUAGGUCUUGUUGAUAUUAAAUAUCUUGUGAAGAUUUGCAUUUUUAAAUUUAAUAUGCUUGUUACUGCAAGUUGGGGUGAAAAAAGAAGAAGAUAGCACUUAUGGUCAAAUUUUUCCCUCUGAGAACUGCAGUCUAUUUCGUUGUCGAUUUAUUAAUUUCCCUCGACCAAAGCUUACACAUGGACGAAGAAACUUGAUUCGAAUUUUGGCUUUUCGAGUUCAUUUCUACAGUUGUGACAAGUUUUAACGUGCAUUUUGUUCAUGAUCUUGCUGCUCGGUGUUGAUUUCUCAUCACUUAACCUUUUAUGUUAUAACCGCUCUCUUGAAACAUUUUGUGAACGUCAAGAGAAAGACUACCCUAAUUUUCUCAUGUCUGCACAAGAUCGCCCGUGUUUACGUAGUGAGCACAGCUUCUUGUGAAUUGCGAACAUAGACGAUAGGCUUGCAGUCUCACACGGCUGCGUUUAAGAUGCUUAUUUAUGAAAGAUUCUUCAAACAUUCGUUGGAAGUUUUCCGUUUUGAAGUUAGCAAUUUACAGUUUCAUGAAAUAAAUCAAUAUGUAUAUACCUAUGUAAACAUUAGAGCCGCGCAUAAAUCUGUUACCUUUCGACACCACGCGAAAAAUAUUCUUUGUUUUAUUACUUUGCACAUUGGCUGCGUCUCAUUUACUCAAACUUCUAGGUACAGUCUAUGAAUUUAUCGCCACCAGAGACAAGGUUAUGUUGUUUAUUUUAAACAAUUGCUUGCGUGAGGUCGCCCAUGUGUAUUGAAAUAAAUUGUUAGCUGUUAGAUUAUUGUUAUAAGUUGUCGGCACUGCUUUGGCCCGUAUGAGGUUAAAGAAUAAAAAAAUUGAUCCUUUAGUUUUCCUAGUUCCGUGAUUGUUUUGAUUGAACUGUGGGAGACCGCAGAAGUCAAAGGAAUAAUAUUCUGACUGUAAAAUAAAUAUUGAACUGAAUUUACCUGUGCUCACUCUCUGUUUGUGUUCUUCAGUAGUAACUUUCUGGUACAGUGACUCGAUUCAUUAUUUCUCCACGUGGGUAUAAUUUUUCUUGAACUUUCCGUCAUAAAACUACCGAAAUGACUAUAACUUUAAUUGUGUGACCAUUGCAUAAAAGCAAAUAACAUUUUUCAAGUUCACCCCCCGUUUCAUAUAUGUUAGGACAUUUAGAAACCAAAGAAUUGGGCAAUCAUUGCCUUUUCAUUCUCUAAGGUGAAACGUUAGAUAUGUGGUUCACAUUCAAAACUUGUUAUUUACCUAACACUAUUUUCUCUUUAGGAAAAAUCAUGAUUGUAAGCUUAUUAUUUCUGAAAACUAAAUUGGCAGAACAAUAUUAAUUUUCAAGAUUACAAUAUGUAUUUGACAGCCUCUUCAACAGACUUUUCAUGUGAUGUAAAUAGGAAUUAUCAAUAAUAGAUUCAAAAGCAGAGAUUUUAAGUUAACAGCAGCUAACAAUAUCAUGUUGCUCAUUUCUGUUUUUAUACAGUGUACUUGUUUUUGAAUAUAGAUUUUGGUGCUUUACCAGCCUCCAGUUUGCACUUUAUGAUCAAGCUGUCAAAAUGUCACACAACAAUAUUGGGUUUACGAAUAAAUAGAGUUAGUUUUUGUAGAAUAUUUUAGCUUUCACUUUCCCCCAAAAGUAUAGUAAUGCUUUUAAAUCAAACAAAACUGGCUUUGUUUAGGAAUAUCAAAUUUUUAUAGGUGAGCCAAAGUCCAGGAAAAAAAAAAUAUAAAGCAAAUUUGUUAUCCACAACAAUUUUUAAUGUAUGCAAAUGCUAAGAACAAUAUAUUCUCUAUAACAGCAAUAUCACACAUUAUUUUCCUCAGGGAAGUAAGAAAACUGCUUUAAAUACAGUUUAGUUACCUCUGUUCUGACUUUUGUUCAGGUUUCAUGGUAAACUUUUUAUUACAAUAUAUUAACACAUUCCUGUAUUCUAUAAUCAUGUUAGUGAGUUAAUAUAUUAAUUAAGUAAGCGAAAACAUCUUUCUUGGUGUCAUACAUGUAGAUUGUAAUCAUUACUGGUAUAAUUAGGUUAUGCUAUUUUCACAAAACCUUGAUUUCUAUUUUUUAUAUUUAAUUUAAGAUAAAUUCAAUGAUAGAUGACAUGUUUGCAGUUGCCACAAAUACAAAAUCUAUGUUUUCUUUCAAGCUUGUUUUUGAGGUCUUGAUUCCUUUACCAAAAGCAUCCUUAUUACAAUCCACUUCCUCCGUAAGUUCAAAGUUUGAGUGCAGGCUUAUUUUCGCAUACAGCAGCUGGUAAUCAAGCCUACAUACAGUGUACUUGUUUUUGCUUUAACUUUCCUGGUGCUGGCUCCUUCCUACAAUGUUCACGUAUCCCUGACCCCAGGAAAUUCCUUUUUGGAGAUGGGUGACUAAAUUUUUACAAGACCAAUUGCAAUAGACUCUUCCACUGUUUUUUUAACUUUUGACUGGGACCACUUAGUGAAAAUCUGUCAGUGCAGCUAAAAACCCUUUAAGCCCUUUAAUAUCCACAUACAAAUUCUCCAAACUGAUCUCUGUAAACUUCCUUUAAGAAUGUGUUGAGAGAAUUUCAUAAAAGAUCAAGGCACUUUCUCUUUGAUGAUCAUUUUAUUAAUUUCUUGACAAUGUAUGGAUAUUGUUAGGAGAAAAUAUUAUUGAUGUUGGUCACCAUGGGGACUCAAAGGGUUAAAAAUAGGAAAGAUGCCAAGUUUGCACAGGAUUUGUCAAAAACUAACUAAGAUGUUGCUCCACAAAGUCGCUGAAUUUUACAGAUUUUUGUAUGCCGGGGUCUAGCCUGCAAAAACAUCUGUUUCUCCUCACUCUUCGCUGCUGGGGACGUUUUGCGCAGAGGAACGUCUGUGACUCAGUGACAGAAAUCCCAUACUGAUGACAUAAAAUCUGUCUGGAAUCCGUUCAGAAGCGCUGAUUGGUCGAGGGAGUAGUUACAUUGUUUUAGCUAUUGUUUACGAAUGACAGACAAAAGACAAAAGGCCACAAAGGUCAAAUGUAAAAGCGAAGAAUCUCUAACAGAACAGUCAACAUUUGUGGAAUAUAAUCUUCUCUAGAAGAGGCAUUUGAGUCUUGUUGGAGCUCGUUGGUAGAUGAGCACAACACUUUACCAAAAUCGACCAGAAGACACGUAAAAAUAGACAAAUUUAUAUUUGGAACCCCAUGACUACCAGUCAUCCAGACCCUAAGAUAAGGGGGGCCCAGUCUCCCAAAAAAUUUUUUCGGCCCUUUAGGCCUCAGUUUGGUCUAAAAAUAAGGUGGGGGAGGGGGCGGAUCUCCUGGCCCCUCCCCUAGAUCUGCCACUGGGACUGGAGAUGAUUGCAUUGACUAGUAGUUGAAUCUUUUGAAUGGCAUUUUACAGGUCAGACAAAUGUAACAGAGACACCGGUGCCUACCCCUCUAAGUAUGGAGUGUGUUUGUAGUAUUACCUGUAGCGACUCACAGGGGAGAUGUAAGGCAGGGUUUGGCUGCUUCUCUUCUCUUAAACCUGAUGGCAAGAAUGGCUAUCUUGUGGAGAAAGGCUGCAUUAAAAAUGAAGUGCAUCAUAAGAUGAUCUGUGGGAAGUCAAUAAUUGUUUGUUGCGAGGUUAAUCUGUGCAACUGGAAUAUAACACCUCCUUUUCCAACAGAGAAACCAAGUAAGUUUUAGAAGUCAGUCCUUGGUCAUGAUUCCCCUGUAAAUGUAGUGCAACUUCGCUCAGAAAUUCUCAUAUGAAACAUUCCUGUACAUAAGAAUGUUAGCAGAUUCUUGUUUUGUGGGUGUAAGUGAUAUCAAUAAAAUGACAAAAUGACAAAUUGACUGGUGCGAAUAAUUUUUUAAUGGUAAUUACAAGAUGAUUCCAUAUUUCCUCUCUGUGCUUUGAAUGAUCGUAAUGUAUCUUUGUAUAUGUAUGUUUGUUGUCCUCUUUGUUUGUUUUGUAGUUUUGAUUUUGUAAAAGAAAGGAAAAUUGCUUUGCUGAUAUUAAGUUUCUGGUAAGAGCAAAUAGGUUUUUAAAACACAGUUUUCCACCAAAAAUUUCGACCUACAAUAAACAGAUAUAUUUCUGCCCUUUUUACACCUCGUCAUUGACAUUCAUGACUUGUACAUACAGUUAUCUUCCUUCUACAGCAAGUAAUCAUAUGUACAAUUCAAAGCCCUUCAUGAAAAUUAUAUUUUUCUCUCCAAACAGCAAAUUCUUCACUCAGGAGAUAUACAAAUCAAGCUCAAAGCCUGGAGUUCAUUCUGUUAAGCAUCUUUUCUCCCGUGGCGGUUCUUAUAGUUUUGAUACUAAUUUUCUACUUGGCCUAUAAACAUCUUCAGAAGCGCCAGCUCAAUCGGCACCAAUACCCACACCUCAGGUACACACACCCUUCAGGAACAGGCCACAGAAGAGGGCCUCAUUCAGCACUGAGGUGCUGGUCCUGUCGAAAGAAAUCAGAUUUUCAGCCCUUUGCCCAGCGCACUGCGGCGCAGGAUUUGGACUUGAUAGCCGUGAUUGGAGAAGGGAGAUAUGGGAAGGUUUGGCGAGGUCUGUGGCAUGGAGAUGAUGUUGCAGUGAAGUUGUUUUACCCAAGCCAAGUGGAUUUGUUCAACAACGAAGUCAAUGUCACCAAUGUAGUGGGAAAUCACCAGAACAUUCUCAGACUCCAACAUUCUCACAGUGCAUUCUUGUGGCAUAACGAGACGCACAGUUGCAUUGUAUUAGAGUAUCAUGCCAGUGGGUCGUUGUAUGAUUUUCUAAGCCGCAGAACUGUCAAUGUACAGGAAAUGUGCUCUUUAGCCUUCUCAGCUGCUCGUGGGCUGAGCCAUUUGCAUGGUGAAAUAUACCAAAAAGAGGAGACUUUCUCAAUUGCGCAUCGCGACAUCAAAUCCAAGAAUAUUUUGGUGAAGUCAAAUCUUACUUGUGCCAUUGGAGACUUAGGAUUAGCAGUUGUUGACAAAUGGAAGGAUAAGAUCGAUCUGAAGGACAAGCGUAAAGGAACACUGCGUUAUAUGGCUCCUGAGUUACUUGAUGAUACAGUUAUUAAAUCAUUUGAAUCAUACAAACGAGCUGAUGUGUAUGCAUUUGGUCUUGUGUUGUGGGAGAUUGUGAGGAGAACUUUCACAGAAGGUAAGGUAAUGUCUUUUUAAAUAGAUGUUUGAUUUACCAAAAAGGUUUUUCUUCUGCUCUGGCAAAGAAAUCCACUGUAUUAGAAACAACUAAUUUCAAAACGCAGAAAAGAUUAAAACAAACGAGUUUAACUUGACUGAAAUCACACCAUCAAGCACCGCGUCAAGGAGGCCAUUGCCAUGAAACAAAGUAAACCCUGCUCAGUAAAAAGGGAGGAGGGACUGGACCUCCCGGCCAUUUACAGUCUUCUAUUGGGAAUACGUAACAAAUUUUCCGAUAGGCAACCCAAUCGCCUUUUUUACAACGCCAAUAAAGUUAGUGGGAUUCGAACAAAAUAGACACAGUUAUUUCUAGUAUAGAUGUUAGAUUAUUUGGACAAAGACUAGUAAACGAAAAUUCCAUCAAGAUUGGUGGAAAGAACUUCUUGAAAUCAGUAAACUAGCUGCCGAAUUAGAGACCGAUCUUGAAAAUUACCGAAGAUACAUGUAUAGCUCAGCAAAUUGGUGAAAUUUUUCUCGUUUGUCUUGUGGUGGUGGUCGGGGUAAUAAGUGCUUUUCCUUAGGGUACUGUGGUUUUCUUCUCUCCUCAAGGUUCCAGUUAGACCAAGGGGAAUGGUUGACAAAGAGCCACUUUUUGGAUUUGCAACCACCGGCAUCCCAAUCACUUAUUUAUUAUAACUGUAUUUUUGUCGACCUCCCUUUUUUAAGGCAAAAUACUGGAGCAGUACGCUGUACCAUUUCAUGACAUGGUACCAGGAGAGCCAACUCUACAGGACAUGAAGAAAGUUGUGGUUGAACAACAGAAGAGGCCAUUUGUUCCCAACAGGUGGUCAGAGAAUAGUGUAAGUGUCUCCUUUGACUUUAUAGACGGUGGUUUUUGUUGAUCUGAAUAAAGUUUGCGGACCUCUCCGGAAACUACUUUCCGAUUAUUUUCAAGCGUGUAAUUGGUCUAAAAAUAGCUAUAGUAAAAUUCACAUAUCUCAAGGGCUAGACUUGGGGGCGCUUUCCAUUUAACCAAAAACUUUCAAAAAUUUGUAAACAGAGGUGGUAAAUGGUACAGAAAUUUCCCGGAAAAGUUUCCAGAAAUUCUGAAAGCUGUUGAAUGUCCGAAAUGCGAACCAUCCAACCGAAAACUCUAGAAAUUGCGGGAGCAAUCUUAAAUGGAAAGAAAUUUAAACCUCCGGGAAAAAAAUUCGAAAAUUUUUGUAUACCUCGCGAGGUUUUCCUCUGUUUUUUUUUUGGAAAUUUUUGUUUUUUUUUUGGAAAUUUUGGACGAUUCUGUUCCAUUCGCUACUGGAAGUUGCCAAGAAUUCAAACCAGACGUUUUGUUUGAAUGGAAAGCGCCCUGGGCGUUUCCUCCCUCUGUGCCAAUAGGGACCUUAAGAUCCGACGACAGCGAUGGCAACGGGAACGCCACAAAAGCAAUAGGUUUAAUUAGCAAAACAACAAUUUUGCACGUGCAUCACGCUUUUUUGUACAUUUCUUUGCCGUCACUGCACGACUACAACGUGAAAAUGCCUAAUUUCACGGUGUACAGAGGACGUACACAAGCCACGACGAAAUUUCUGCUCUCUUUCUGAACUUGAAUAUGGUUCUUAGAAAUUCAACUUUAGGAGGGCUCGCCUACAUUUGACAAAGUUAGUGACUUGGAGUAAUCGCGAUGAAGAUUGAAAGAACGCGAAUUCACUUUUUCAGCGACGUUUUCUCUGCCGUCGCCGUCCUCGGAUCUUAAGGUCCCUAUUAUCCUGUCUUGUAAUAUCUUGUUCAUAAUAGUUGUUUAUUCCUGCAGGUCCUCGAGUCUAUGGUCAAGUUAAUGAAGGAUUGCUGGAAGCAAAACGCACCCGCUCGGCUUUCGUCACUGAGAGUGAAAAAGAACUUGUCAAAGUUGAUGGAGUUGGUCAAACCAGCUCCAACAAAUACCGCUUUAUCAGACGAAUUCGCGUUUAUAUCAGACGUCAACAUCCAUAUUCCGGAGAGCUACAGUGAAAACCACGAGAAUACUGUCAUAACCUAAACUUCACAGGGAAACAGUAACGCAUGUGAACAUUAUUCAGGGAUUGCAAUCGUGACUUGAUUACAUGUCAGCCUUCUUUCCCGCAUAUUUAACUGUUGUUGUUUAAAGUUGGUUUCUGUUUUUACUCGCUCCAGGCUCCAUUUCGUAGGUGCUGAUCCUCAUUAUACAUACAUGUAUGAAACUGCUUAAAUUUUACACGUGACAGAAUUGAAAUUUUCAUAAUUAUAUUCAGUUCCAAAUUUUGUUAAACUUUAAAGGAUAGUCUUUGUUUUUUUAUAGGAAAAUGCGCUUGGAGAGCUUAGCGCUUUUUCUCGGCGACAGAAGACGAGGAAAAUAGUAUUAGUUGAUUUUUAAAGAAUAAAGGCAGAUAAUGGGUUUUUCGAGUAGCCCCUUACAAGUCUCACGUGGGCAGUGAAGCUUCGGUAAGUGAUUUCCUGCGUUCGUGCGGGCCUGCGCGCGCGUACUUUGCUUUUUGAUGUCUGUUUUAAUCAAGACCGAAAAAUUCAAUAAUGAUAG